UCUUUUUCAUUUAUCUUUCGAAACCUUAUACAUAUUUAUCUAUAUAUCAUGUCUGCUGAUAAUACUACUGCAAAUGUCCCUACACUCAAACUACUGCUUAUUGGAAACUCGUCAGUUGGUAAAUCGUCACUUUUACUACGGUUUACGGACGACACCUUUCUACCACAAGACGAAGUGUCCGCAACCAUUGGUGUCGAUUUUAAAGUGAGCAUGACCAACGUCGAAGGCAAAACUUAUAAAUUGACCAUUUGGGAUACCGCGGGUCAGGAACGGUUUCGGACGCUGACUUCGUCAUAUUAUCGUGGGGCACAAGGUGUGAUUCUGGUCUAUGAUGUCAGCAGUCGAGAUUCUUUUGAGGCAUUAAAUACUUGGUGGAACGAGGUCAAUACAUACUGCUCAAGCCCGGAUGUCGUCAAGAUGAUUGUUGGUAAUAAGGUGGAUAAGGAAUCUUCACGAGCCGUAACAUACAAAGAAGGUGCAGCGAUGGCCCGUAAGUUACAAACCUUGUUUAUUGAAUGCAGCGCGAAAACGAACGUGGGCGUGCGAGAGGCGUUUGAAGAAUUGGUUAUCAAGAUUAUUGAGACGCCGAGCUUAUGGCAGAAAAAAGCAGCGCCCAAUACAGUACGCGUGAGCACGCAGCAACCGCAGGCAGGAGGAUGCAGCUGCUAAUUUAUCACAAAUACAAACUAGAUGUACUUUUGCUACCUACUAUAAUUCCUUGUAUACCAUUUACUAAACAUACUUUUUUUUCUUUUAUACAUACAUAAAC